ACCACCGUCACGAAUUUCUUACCAUAUACUAUUCAUCAAUCACCACCACCACCACCAAAAUCUUCUACCUUUUUUUCCCUCUUGUCAUUUCUUCAACUCUUGUCGCCGGAAUAAACCCGCUCGCCGGCUCCCGAAUUUCCCUCUCGCUUCGUCUCUCCUCCUUCGCUCUCUCAACUUAUACUUUGAGUUCGAUUUCAAUGGACCAACUCUAGCACUGGAGUCGCGUCAGAAUCUUUUUUCUUUUUUCUUUUUUUUCUCUUGUAUUAGAGUUUGGAUUGCGUUUCGAAGCUUAAAAGGAAGCGGAAUGGGUUGCGCCGCAUCGUCGCCGACCAAGGGAGAUGGUUCUGGGAAAAAGAUUCGAAAGCCAAAGAACUGGAAACAUCCACAGCCAAUAACAAAGUCUCAACUCAUGCAAAUGCGUGAAGAGUUUUGGGAUACUGCUCCUCACUAUGGUGGCAGGAAAGAGAUCUGGGAUGCCCUACAAGCAGCUGCUGAAGCUGAUCUAACUCUUGCACAAGCAAUUGUAGACAGUGCAGGGGUCAUAGUUCAAAGUUCUGAUUUAACUAUCUGCUAUGAUGAAAGAGGUGCAAAAUACGAACUGCCAAAGUAUGUUUUGAGUGAGCCAACCAACCUGAUAAAAGAUAGUUGAAGAUAGAGAAUAUUGAUUGCCAUGUGUGUGAGAUUAAGCAUAAAUCAUAUAUAUUAUUACUCUUAUUCUAAUGUGAAAUCUCUCGCAAAUGAUAUCUUGCACUAACUGCUUACCUUUCAAAAGAUGCUGUAAGUUCCUUCUGGUAAAUAUCAAGAAUGCACCCUUUUGCAUUUGUGAAAAAAUAGUGUUAUUGUGCUAUGAUGUGUAAAUUUGUGUUGUCUGAUACUGAAUUUAGUCUAAGCUAAUUACUGUAACAUCAGCAGCUUUUUGUUUGAUACUAGCAACCUUACCUCUUUGUGUCAUAUAUAUUUCAUGUUGAGAUGAUUUUAGCAGAUUAUGUAGAGGGUCCAAAUCAAUUAGUUUUGCCAAA